CUUCAAGGCAAAAGAAUAACACAACAAUUUCGCUUGUCUAAGAUUGCAUUCAUCAUUCAUUGCUGUUUCUGAAAGCAUCUUUCAUCUCUGAACAAAAAAAAAAACAAAACAAAAAUGGCUAUCAACGAUUCCUACGUGACAUUCCCUUGUGUUCGAGCUAUGCUAUUCCUAUUCAACAUCGUACUUUGGCUUUGUGGACUAUCCAUUGUAUGGGCUGGCGUAUGGUUGCGAACCGACUUGCAGGACUACUUAAAAAUCAGCACAGAAUACUCAACGGUAGCGCCAAUGGUUUUGGUCACUAUUGGAACAAUUAUCAUUUUUGUAGCAACUCUAGCUUGCACUUGUAUUGUAAGGGUUCAACAAACGAUGCUUGUUAUUUACGGUGCAUUCUUAAUUAUGAUCCUUUUUACUGUCAUAACACUCUCGGCAUACAUGUACACAUACAAAGAUAACCUGGUUUCAGGACUUGCAGAAGGCAUUGAAUAUGACAUCAGCCAUUAUAAUACUCCAUCAUCAAACAAUACAAAACUCAUUGAUUACGUUCAAACUAAUUUGGAAUGCUGUGGUAGGGAAAGCUUCGAAGACUGGGCUUUAAGUCCAAAGAAAAUGGCUCCAGCAUCUUGUUGCAGUGUACCAGUUGCUAAGUGCAAUCGUUUUGAUCCAAAAAGCCUUUACACAAUUGGUUGCAUGCCAAAACUAGAAAACUUGGUGAACACAAAUAUAUCAUUAAUUGGAGCAUCAGCAUCGGCGAUAGCAUUAUUUCCAUUAUUCGGAACAAUGUUGACAUUUUGUUUAGCUGCAACGACAAGGAAGCAUGGAUAUGAACCAAUUAUUCAUUAGAAAUCUAUGAACCAUUCACCACACACGGAACGUAAUGUGUUGAACAAAAAAAAAACAAAACACACAUGACUGAGUUGGAUUUUAAAGUUUUAUUCUUUUUUUGAAUUUGAAAUACUAAAAUGUCCCAUUUAUUAUAGCUUUAAUUUAUUGUUUGUACAUUUCUUUUUGUUAUCUACUUUUUUU